AUGUUAUCACUCCAGCCAGUUUGUGCGCAUCCUGCGCACUCAAUUCCGCCGAAACUCACGGUGGAUGCGCUACCAAAUGAAAUCCUAAGCACGAUCCUCGUAGAGUUAUCAACGCCAUCCUUGAUCACACUGACCCGUGUGUCAUAUCAUUUCCAGGCCGUGGCCCUGAACGUUCUGCAAUCUCGUGGUCGCGCUACCGAGGCCCGCGAAGAUAUACAAUUGCGCUUGACAUGGUAUACCCCGGCCAACGGGAUCAUCAGAUCCCCGUUUGAAAUGAAAUACAUCGGCAUGGCUGCAUAUUGCGACGCAAGCAAUUGUUUAAUGGACCCCGAGGCUGACACAGGGAGGCUGACCAAGAUGUACUCGCGCUUCGAGCCAGAAGCGAGUGUCGGGUUCUUGGGCUUAUCGGAUAUGGCGGACCCCACGGAGCGAGUAAUUCUAGACUGGUUCGAGAGCUUCUGCCAGUUCUGCGUCAAGCUUGAACUAGUCACAAUAUGUAACCCCGAACACUCGCACACCAAGCUCUUGACGGUCGAGAAUAGCAUCGUUCGCUUUUCUCGAUUUGAUCUGAACCCAGCUCAGAGCACAAAGGCCAAUUCCACAUAUCCACCGCCCUUUGAUGACCAAGAUAGGAUAUGCUGGGUGGAUCCGGGGAAGACCGUCGGUCUCAAAGUCCGAGUGAAAAGGCUACCGACACCGCCUGGAGCGUCAGGGCAGUCGCAGAUCGAAGAGACAGAGCAGUAUGAGAUUACUUUACAAGAAUUACUCUUCCGCACCACGCGUUUCUUAGCGGGCGUGGAAGAAGUGGAAGACCAUGGGUUCGAUAACCGAUGGGAAAUCCUCAUUCUUCGGGACUUCUAG